AUGUCUCUUAAGUUUAAUGCACAAUACAACUUCUUGCGAGUGCUAAACGGAUCACCGACUACUAUACAAAGAUAUCCUAUCCUCGCUCAACUUUUGCUGGACGUGUGGGGCACACAGGAUUACAUACAGCAUUGCGCUGGUGUGAUACUUACAUCGCGGCAUGUGAUAUCUACAGCGCACUGUUUCCAAUAUAAUCAGGACACAGGUAGAAACUACUCAUUUCCUCAAUACUGGCGAAUCCGUGUUGGUUCAACAUACCGGACGAGGGGAGGCGUGUUGCAUAAAAUUAAAACAAUUGCGACUCACUAUGGCUUUGACAGGCAAUAUUACACCAAUGAUAUAGCCGUAGUUGUUGUGGCUAAAAGAUUUACCAUUGGCAAUUUGGUCAGUCAGGCUACAAUUAUUAAGCCAAAAAGUGAACUUAUGCCGAAUUCUGUCUGCACUUUGGUUGGAUGGGGAUCAACUGAGAAAAAUGGUCCACAACCAGAUCAGCUUCAGAGGACCAUGAUGUUCGUAAUAGAUCAAGAAGACUGCAAGGCACGGUAUCAAACAAUCGGUGCUAUAAUCGCAGACUCAAUGAUGUGUGCUGGACGAACGGAUAUUGAUGGUGUUGACGGGUGUUUUGGUGAUUCAGGCGGCCCUUUGCUUUACAAAGGCGUCGUAGUCGGUCUCGUAUCAUUUGGUUACGCUUGUGGUCUCAGAUAUUAUCCUGGAGUUUAUACAAAAGUGUCACAUUAUACGAAUUGGAUCAUUAGUACAAUAUCCACUAAUAAAUAA